UGUAAUACAUCAUACAGAAGUAGUCUAAAACUAAUUGUGUGCAUGGGUUUGUGUGUGUGGUGUCAUUGGUCAUUUAUGUGGUCUGGGAGCAGAGUGAGCUUUGUGAUCCGCCUGGAAUGUGUCAGCAGUUGGGCUCUAAUGAGUUUAUCAGUGGCAUUGUGCUGCUACUUUACAAAUGGCUGCCUUAAUGAACCUUCCUAAACAGACAACUAGCUCGAGGUCUACACUUCCAACAUUGUCAAGAUGAGGUUUCAAAUGGUUCUAUUGACUUUAUCCAUCUGCUUUGGUGCCAUUUCGUCGUCUCCUACCAUGUCCAACCCUCCGCCCUCGGACUUGAAGAGAAAGACAGGCUGUUUAAAAAUGAGUAACUGUAGAUGCAUCAUGAAGGACGGCUCAGGGGUGAUAAACCUGGUAGCCAUGGCUGAUUCAGACGGAUUCUUGGGACACCAAAAGCCUGUGCCCUCGGAGAACGCACCGCCAAAUGCAGAAAUCCUCCUCUCCUUCAGCCCCUGUCAACCGUUCUCUGAGCCAGAGGACCUCGCAGGGACAGACUGCACAGAUGUGGCUGCCUGUUUGACAGUCAGGUUUUACAGAAAUAACAGAUACAUCAGUCAUUACAUAAACUAUGGGAGACAUGAAGGCAACGAAUUCCAUUACAACAACAGCUUGCAGACACUGUCUGUUUCAUAUUCUGUCCUAGAGUACACCCAGCCCCUGACAGUAGUACACUACCGCUGUAGUCCCAACAUAUCCACUUCCUUCGCCCUACACUUUAAUGGAGACAUUCCCCUGCAAAUCUGGGUGGAGAGUCCCUGUGCCUGUCCAAACGCCUGUGCCCUGGGGGACGUGGGUCCUGGCACCAUCUUCCUCAUCAUCCUCUCCCUCAGCGCCACUGCCUACUUUAUCCUGGGGUCCUGUGCUCUGCGGCCAUUCAGGGCAGGCAGUGGAGUGCAGAUCGCUCCAGAGGAAAGUCUGUGGUGCAUGCUCUGUUACAUGUUUACUGAACGCAGAGGGGGUAGGAGGAGGAGAUACAUCUCCCUGCGAGAGGAAACCCUGUGA